AAGCAGCACAAAAGUCCCAACCCGGGUUGAGGUGGUUUCCGCCAUCAUAUGGAAGUAAGCAAUGGCUGCUUCCAAAGCAAAACACGGCUUCCAAAAGCCGUCUGUAUCGGCCCACUUAGUGAACCUGCGUAAACGAAUAUCGCCACCGUCCCUGGCAGAGAAUUCCGUCGGAAAUCUCGUCUGGAUAGCUGUGGCAGAACACGGGGCAAAUUCCAAAUCAGAUUUGCAUGACUUGAUUCGAAAGUUGCGGGAAGCGAUAUCGAAAAUCGAUGUUGCUUUUGUGAAGAAAUUUGCAGACAAUCCCCCGAUUCCUGAGUCUUUCAAGGGAAUUCACGAGCUGGAAUCCAGACGAGAUGAAAUCGAUUACUUUGGUUUUAGCAGUUGGUGCAAUUGUGAUUUCUAUGGAACUGAUUUUGGGUGGGGAAAGCCUGUGUGGGUUAGCAGUAUUGGACUGGAAGGACCGCUGGUCGCGAACCUUAUCAUUUUAGCCGACACGAGUUCCGGCGACGGCAUAGAAGCGUGGGUGACCUUGGACGAAGAAGACAUGGCAAUUCUGCAACGUGAUACGGAGCUCCUCAAAUUCGCUUCUGUGGACGCGACCCCCUUGGUAAUGGGCUCUACAGUUUCGGGUAAGCGGGCACACAUGAAAGCUACCCGUGUCAGUGCAUUAUAAGCAUGAGGAAAACAGCAUAGAUGUAGUGCUUCUCGAGUGAGAUGAGUUGCAAUAUUUGUUUGUCCUUGACAACAUGGUCACGGAUGGAGUCCCCGACUCAUCCUUUUACUCUAACUUAUCAUAUGUGACUUCAAGUGUUUUAGACACACAAUUGAGAAGCCCUUCUAGGUUUGUUUGCCUUUUUAUAAACAAUUAUUUAUGUAAUUUCUAGUAAUGGAUGAUUUUUUAAACUUAAUUAUUGAUGUCUAUUAUAAGCAAAAUCAUCUAUUAAAGAUGAUAUGGGUUA